CUUAGCCAUUAGAUCCAUCCAAAGUUAAGAGUAGUAAUUAGUGAGCUUAAGGGUACUGUGACCCAUCAACAACUAAAGUUGUUUCAAUUUUCUUCUAUUUUCUUGGCAAAGAGUUGUUGUAGUGGGCGAUUAAAAAGAGAAAGCAAAAAUAAGGAGUGAUUAUUAGUUGAUUGAUUAGUUAAGUGAGAUCAAAAUAAUGGUGAGGCCUCCUUGUUGUGACAAAGGAGGAGUAAAGAAAGGGCCAUGGACUCCUGAAGAAGAUAUCAUUUUAGUUACUUACAUCCAAGAACAUGGUCCUGGUAAUUGGAGAGCUGUUCCCACCAAUACUGGGUUGCUUAGAUGCAGCAAGAGUUGUAGGCUUAGAUGGACAAACUAUUUAAGGCCAGGAAUCAAAAGAGGAAACUUCACAGAACAUGAAGAAAAGAUGAUUGUCCAUCUCCAAGCCCUCUUAGGCAAUAGAUGGGCUGCAAUUGCGUCCUAUCUUCCACAAAGAACAGACAAUGACAUUAAGAACUAUUGGAACACUCAUUUGAAGAAGAAACUCAACAAAGCCAAUCAAGAUUCUCAUCAAGAACUUGAUCUAUCAAGAGACCGUUCCUCGCUCUCUUCGUCUCCAUCGUCCUCUUCUGCAAAUUCCAACUCAAACAUCUCCAGAGGCCAAUGGGAAAGAAGGCUUCAAACAGAUAUUCACUUGGCGAAAAAGGCUCUAUCUGAGGCUUUGUCUCCUGCCGUAGCACCGAUCAUCCCCUCGACAUUCGCUACUACGACAACAACAUCUUCUUCUGCUGAAUCAAGACGUUCUACUUCCUCAGCUUGCGGGUUUCUUAGGACGCAAGAAACAUCUGCCAUUUAUGCUUCGAGUACCGAGAAUAUAGCAAAAUUGCUUAAAGGGUGGGUGAAGAACUCGCCAAAGACACACAACUCCGCGGAUCAAAUGGUGUCUCCAAAUUCUGAGACAAAGGAAGUGAUCAAGAGUAAUGAUGGGAAGGACUGUCCAGGGGCAUUUCAGUCAUUUUCGGGGUUUGAACACUUGAAAGAUUGUGACUCAUCAUAUCAUCAGGCUGAAGUUUCACCUGAUCAUGAGACCAAACCAGACAUAACCGGAUGCAGUAACCAAAGUCAAUGGUCAUUGUUCGAGAAGUGGCUGUUUGAGGAUUCCGGUGGACAGAUUGGUGAUAUUUUAUUGGAUGAAAGCCCUAGUUUCUUCUGAAGAAUUUGGCUAAUCCGAUGGUUCUAAUUUUAAUUAGGAUCCUCAUCUCUUUCUUUUUUAUAUAAUUUAUUUAUAUUUUUUUGGGAAGCUUUCCGAAUUAACUCGCUUAGUUUACCAUGAGCUAAAUCAUUAAUAAUUUUAUUUAUUUUCCCUCGUUAAUUACAA